AUGGCAAACUUUGAGAGACUCGCCAUGGUUACACCCAAUGGAGAUGAUUCAAUGAUUCGAGUGAGAGUUGAGAACGUGUGGUCUACUCUAGAUGUCGAGAAUGGUGAAGGCCUCAGUUUCCUGGUGGUUGAUGAUGAGGGCACAAGGAUGCAUGCAUUCGUCCAGCAUUUUGCUGAUGCCAAGAGAUUUAAGAGACUUCUUCAGAAAGGAGACUGGUUCACGAUAACUGGUUUCUCAGUUGUUAUUGUCCGGAAUGAGAUUCGUAUGACUAAACAAAGAAAAGAGAUCGUUCUCAAGCGAAACACAGAAGUUGGUGUUUCAGAAUUGUUCAAUGGUUUUAUUCCGCUAGAUUUGGUUCCAUUUCAGGAUGUUAAGAACGGAACUGUUCACGAUGGAACUUCUUACACUAGAGACUUUCUAGGCGUCAUAUCUUCUGUUUCAGAUUUCGGCCUCACAGUGGAUGACUCUAUGCCUAGAAACAUACAUAACUAUGAUCCUAAGACCACCGGAUCGAUUGACUUUGUUCUUGAAGACAACGAUGGAAAUCAUCUAAACUGUCGUGCAAAGGGGAUCUUGGCGGUUCUCUUUAAACGUAAUUGGCUAUGUUAUGGUGAAACCGGAACAAACAUAUGCCUAUUAACCAAUUGGCGUGUUGUUGGAAGAGAUGGUCCUAUUCAAGUCGAAGAUGAAGAAGGGAUUUCUACUUUUGAGUAUGAUCCUCCUGGACACCACGAAGUGGUACAUUUCACGAACAUAUUGAGGCAAGUAAAAAUCGAAGUCUUGCUACAGGGAAGGAAAUUGCGAGAGCUUAGAGGUUUACCUGACCUACAGAACGGAGACGCAAGGGCACAGUCCCGUCAGCUGCAGAGAUCGAUUUUGCUGGUAACAGAAGAAGAUGAAGAAGACGAGCGGAGAAGUGUUAACGCGAGGAGCAUAAAGGAAAAAGAAGAAGAUGAAGGAGACGACCGGAUUUUUGUCGAAAGAGAAGAUGUUGCGACGAUAUCGCGAAACAAAGAAAUGGUAACGGCGAUUGUCGGCUCAAUUCCAAAUUGUAAAGUAAAUCAGUCGGUUAAGCUAAACCGAACAAAAUUGAAUUCAAUCGCUCGGUUUACCUGA